UCGUAGGUUAUGUUAACUGGGCGGUGAUAUAAUGGACAUAAGCAAAUUGGUAAAAUCCGGUUACCAAAACUUGGUACAGUGCACCAACGAGCUGGAAUCAGCAGUCCGUUCAUCUCUAGAAAAUAUCUACGAAAGAAUCAAGCAGGGCAAUUAUGACGUGGAAAAAGCCAAAGAUCAGCAUUACAAAGAAAUCCUGCAAAGUAUAUCAACCAUCAAACUCCAACUGGACAACAUCAAAGACCACAACAAAAGGCUAAUCUACUUGAACUCGGUAAAAUGUCUGGAUGAAAAAGAGAAAGCGAGGUACAGUUACGUACAGGAUCGCGUUAGGAAUAUAUCUCGUAGUGAACAAAAUCUGAGUAAAAUUCACCUGAAGGAGCAGCGGAAAACGAUACUCGGUUCGAGCAGGUACUUGAACGUAUGGGAGGAGAUUUUGGAUAACAGCGAAACGAAUUCCUUAACCGUGAAGCAAAGGAACAAGGAGAACGCGAGGAAGAAGAAUAAAUUUGUUUCAACCACCUUUGAACCAUUCCUGGAAGAUCAAAGUAAAACUUCUUCUGACACAUCAAGCGACGAGCACGACUACGAUGAAAUUUACGAAGAAGAUGAAAUAUAUGAAGAAGAAGAUGAUAAGAGAAUAAGUUUGAUCAAAAACGAAGACGCAAUUUCCGCCCAAGUGGAUUUGUAUGUUAGCAGGGAACAGCUUAACGAAACUACGGAUGACAAACCAAAAAUUGUCGGAUAUAUUAUUAAAGGUGGCAGUGCUGCAGAGGAAUCGUGAUUUUUUUAAAAUAUCACUCAGACUGAUGCUAAAAUAAAUAGUCGUAAAUCGUUUGUAGUUUUGUGUAUAUAAGGUUGCCAACAUUAAAUUGCCGAAAUGCCCUAGAUAAGAUAAGAUGAACGCACCUGUGUUAUCUUAUUCAUUCACAUCUGUGAUAACCCAGUAAAAGUCAGUAAUAAGCCAUGCAUUAAUAUUAAUUAUUUAUUAAACAUAUAAGAACUGUUUUAAAGUGAUUUAAAUAGUAAGUGAUCAUUAAAAAUUAAUUAAUAUGGGAAACACAACAUCAAAAAAUAACUUAGAUCGAAGAAAUACUGUUUUAAGGCGAAGUCAGACUAAAAAGAACCAAGACAUUCUGAAAAAACUGGAGAAGCUACAAAAUGACAUAACAAAGUUCAAGGGCACGGAAUCGGAUGAAUCCUACGAGAGACUCAAACUAAGAUUAGACAAUAUCAGAAAAGAACACCAGAAAUUAGGUCAACAAAUACGUCCUGAACUGAAGAGGAACUUCAAAGCGGAAGAGGAAAAAUUAAAAUCUACAGAAGAAUAUCUCGUUAAUAAACUACAGUCUAACAAAGAGAAACAUGAAGCGAAAUCGAAGAAAACAGAGAAUAAAACAGAGGAUGAAGCACAAAGUCAGGUGAACUCAAUACUCUCCGAAGAGCACAAAGAUGAAGAACAAGAAUUGGAACAAACCACAGACAAGAGAAAAACAGUGGAGUUGACCAGUGUUCGUGUGGAACCAAUUGAACCCACGAAUGAAGAACCUACGUCUCCAACAAUUCAAGAAAAGCGCAAGUCUAUCUUUAAAAUGGGAAUACCGGUCAUGAACUUGACACCAGAACUACUAAAAAAACAAUUGGAGAAGCGCAAAUCGAAGGUCAGCUUUUCGGACAACUCACUGGAGAACAAGAAUAGUAACAUUGAAGAACAACUGGACAAUAUCAUCGAAAAGAUGCGCAACAUCGAGCUGAACAUUAACAAAUUCGAGGAUAGGAAGGGUAGUUUGGCCUAUAAUCGAGUUCUGGAAGACCUGAUGAUCUGCCAGACGGAUCUUAAGCAACUGGAGAUCAAUCCCGAUGUCAACACUAAGUGGAGGGAUGCUAUGAGAUAUUUUGAUAGUCUGAGGUCUUUUUUGGAUGAAAGGGCCGUUGAAAAUGUCCGCAAUUCGAAUUACUAUUACAACAAUAGAGCCAGCCAAUAUAAGAGCACUGAACAAUUAGCUGAUGCCAUUAGUCAUAUGUCAGAGGGGACGCUAGUUUAAAUUUACCAAUUAGUUAAGUUUUAUUAGCUUCCGUUUAAUUUUGUUUGAGCUUUUAUUUAUAUUUUUUCUAUAAGUUUGUACUGUCAUUAAUUUGAUUAUAAGUAUUUUUUGAUGUUAAUAAGUAUUUACUAAUUUCAAAUUUAAAAUCAUAUACAUUAUUGGACUUAUUUAUAAUUAUACUAAUCGCGUUUGAAUCUUAUUCUUUUAUUAAAUAAGUGAUUGGUUUGGAAUGUUAUAUACUACUGCAGUUAUUAAAUUGUAUUUAA